AUGAAUCUCUUCCACGUCAUCAUCUCUCUCCUAGCGUCAUCUGUCGCCCUCGCAGGCCACAUCACGCGCUCGGCCGACCUAACACUGGAACCCGUAGUAGAAACCCCGUAUGGGUAUAUUCCAGAUGGGCUCCCAGACACCGACCCCACCCCAAAUAGCUGCUGGACAGCACCAAAUGGGAUCGUCUCUGGCUCUGCUUACAGCCCCGGUAUAUGUCAUAUCUGUGUCAAUCAGAACGGUACUGGCCUUAACUCCUGGUUCGGAGCCUGGGCACGGGAUGCGAGCAACUUCGCCAUGGAAGUUACACCCGCCGUAAACCUCGGACCCGAGACAGCGAAUGAGAGCCUAUAUAGCUUCAACGCUGGUCCUGAGCAUCUCACCGUAGCCAUCCGUCACAAUAAAUUACCUAGCAAAGCAUCUAGCGUAUCUCUGUUGCUGGGAAAGCCACCGGCGCCACAGAUGUCCUUGGACCCUGCGACACACGAGAACUCAACGAGCUGCAAUGCCGUCCAGGAUGCACAAGACAGUACAGAGACUAAAGCUCAAUGCUACUUCCUUUGCGAAGCUUCGGAUGCCUCCAAGGGCGCAAAUAGCCGACGUACCCAAAAUACGGCAUCUUCAAGCAGCGACUCUCGUGUUAACGAGCAUUCAUCCGUUUCUCAUCCGCGCUCAGCGCCAGUAGGGAAGCGUCAUUCUGCUGCAUCAUUAAAUUCUCCUCCAGCCGAGAAAAACGGCGUGCUCCCCAACGGUACCGUCAUCAACCCUAAUCCCGAAAACAACCCAAACGCUACCAAAAGCCCACAAAGCUGCUGGACAAAGCCCGUCGAACCUGUCGUCCCCAUGGCUAAGGACAGUUUCUCCCCAGGCCUCUGUCAAGUCUGCGUGACACAAUGGGGCUUUGGACAAGCCCCACAAUACCAAGUCUGGAUUCGCGAUGCUCUCAACCAUGCGAUGGGCGAAAUGGAUGCAACCACACUCGCAACACUCAAUUACAAUACUGAUGAUCCCACCAGCCUCACCAUACCCGCCGGAACCAAGUCUCUCAACAUUUGGCCCAUGGAGAGCCAAGGGAUUAACGGUUCUGGAGGUGUGGAGUUUUACAAUUACUCUAGGGUAUACAUGGUGUGGCAGGUACCGUCAGAUUUUAUGGUAGAAACAAUGGUGUUCGACCCUGGGUUAGAGUUAGGGCUACAGGGCAGUAACUGUAGCUUAUCCGGAAGCACACAAGGUGGCGCGGUGACUUACUUUCAGUGCCACUUCGAGUGCCCCAAGGAGGAAUCUAUGAAAGGGAACCAUUCUUCGAGGGCAACCCAUUCUAUGAAAGCGAUCCGCUAUUAG